CAAAGGCCCAAACCUCACAAAACCGAAAAGCAUUGCUCCUUUCUCUCUCCUAACUCCAAAAUCGAAAUGUCAGGCUACCCUCAACAACCAGCUGGCUACGGCUACGGCCAGGGCCCACCGCCACCACAACAAUCCCAACCCUACGGUUCUGCACCGCCAUACACCUCCCCUUACGGCGCACCACCGCAACCUUCUGCUCCAUACGGCACCGCACCACAACCUACUGCUCCAUACGGCAGCGCACAACAUGCUGCUCCAUACGGCAGCGCACAACAAGCUGCUCCAUACGGCAGCUCACAACAUACUGCUCCAUACGGCACCGCGCAAGCUUAUGGCUCCCCCUACGCAGCCCCCCCUCCCGGCACCAAGCCACCAAAGGACAAACCCCAAGGUUCCACACCUGGCGGCUAUCCUCCUGCUCCCUACGGAAGCAGCCCCUUUGCUGCUCUCUUGCCCUCCACCUUCCCUCCAGGCACCGACCCCAGCAUCGUCGCCUGCUUUCAAGUCGCCGAUCAGGACGGUAGCGGGAUAAUUGAUGACAAAGAACUGCAGAGAGCCUUAUCGGGCUAUAAUCAGAGCUUCAGCUUGAGGACUGUUCACCUUCUCAUGUAUCUAUUCACAAACAGCAACGCCAGGAAGAUCGGACCUAAGGAAUUCACUGAGCUGUUUUACAGCUUGCAGAACUGGAGGGCAAUCUUUGAGAGAUUUGAUAGGGACAGGAGUGGGAGGAUUGAUAUGAAUGAGCUGAGAGAGGCACUUCUGAGUUUAGGAUUUUCCGUCUCACCUGUUGUUUUGGAUUUGUUGGUAUCUAAGUUUGAUAAAACUGGAGGAAAGAACAAGGCCAUUGAAUACGACAAUUUCAUCGAAUGCUGUCUGACUGUCAAGGGACUGACUGAGAAGUUCAAAGAGAGGGAUACUACAUACUCUGGUUCAGCAAGUUUUACUUACGAGAAUUUCAUGCUAGCUGUUCUUCCAUUCCUCAUUGCAUAGACGGGGAUUGAAAGCUAAAUCGGCACGAGCCGGUGAUGUACUUUAUGGGUCGUACACAUAUCUUUUUUUCUUCACCUAGCAUCAUCUUAUGUAUCUGGUUUCAGUUGUAAAAACUAAAAACUGUUUUAAGGGUUUUGUGGAUACAAGUUUGCAGAUCAA